AUGAAGCCGGCUGGUUUACUGAUAUUCUGCUCCUUGCUUACGAGAACGCUAUGUGUUAUAGCGCCAGUAAUUCCAGACUUCAAAACCGGUGACAAGAAGAUAAUAACUGGUCCCUUCUGGCAUGAAGUAUUCACGGAAGUAUACGAAGAUCCCGAAGAGGAAGUGUCCACUACUACUUCAGAGCCCCUUCCAUUCUUCGAAGAUCCUAUUACUAACAAUGUGACUGCACAGCUGGGGAGCAGGGUACAUCUGCAUUGCCGUGUUCAUGAUUUAGGAGACAAAACUAUAUCCUGGGUCCGUCGUCGUGGCGAAGAAAUUCACCUUCUUUCCUUUGGCCGCCACACGUACUCAGCUGACUCAAGAUACUCACUUGCGUUUGAACAACCCAACGAUUGGCGGCUCCUCAUUCAGUACGUCAGCGAGCGAGACGAGGGGUUUUAUGAGUGCCAAAUCUCCGCACAUCCACCAUUGGUGCGCCGUGUUCACCUCUCUGUAGUCGUACCAAAAGUAGAAAUAGUAGAUGAACGUGGAAAACCCCUUCAAGACAAGUUCUACAAAGAAGGUUCGAUUAUAGAGCUACGUUGCGUUGUGAGCGAGGUGCCUCAGUCAUCGCGGCAGGUGAACUGGAAGCACGGAACUAGAUUGCUGAACUAUGAUACUAAGCGUGGAGGAGUUAGCGUGAAGACAGAAACCACUGAAAACGGUGCUCUAUCAAGGCUCUACAUAGCAAACGCAAAUCGAAAAGACUCUGGGAACUACACUUGCUCUCUAGCAGAUUUCGCUGCUUCUGCCGUGGCCGUGCAUGUUCUAAGAGGCGAAAAUCCACUAGCAAUGCAGCGGGGCGGUGUCGCCGGGUUGUCACGUCCAACUACUGCUCUUCUCUGUGCAUAUAUUAGCUGA